AAGAAAUUUUUUUUUUUGAGGGGGGUUUUUAAGCCUUWAGUAUGUAGAAUAUAUACAGCGAUUUGCUCUCUUAUAGAGUCUAAGUAUGGUUAAAACAUKAGAGUGGUAAUAUAAGAUCCUAAGAAAGAGGAUCAUCGUUAAAAUAUAWGUGGUUUCUGUUUGGAAAAUAGACGAAGCAUUAGGUGCCGGUCACUUCUGACUCUUCAAUGUCUCCAAAUCAAGAAUGGAUAUCAUUUCAACAAAUGAAAUUGAUUUCCUUUCUUUUGUCAAUACAAUAUUUGAUUUAUAAAACAUGGCAGAAGCAUUGUCAGAAGCUGCAGCAAUGAAUGCAGAAGAAUAUAUUACAACAGUUCCUGUCCCAGAUUCAAACCUGGUUGGGUUUGUCAUCGGGAGAAGUGGUCGAACUAUUCAUAGACUAAUGAAGGACACCACAACUGACAUUCGUUAUGAAAAUCAGACCAAUACAUUUAUUAUAGAAGGAGAGGCAGAAAAUCGAUAUGCAGCAAAACUCAAAAUAAAGGAAAUUAUUAGUAAUGGCCUAAAAACUCAAACGGAAGACUACAAAGAAUGUAGGAGAUUUCCAUUCGUUCAUUCGAAUGGUUCCGGCUUCGUGCUACAGCCCGUAGAUGCGGAUUAUAAAGUUAAACUCAAGGAUUCUUUCAAUAAGGAUCAGUCCAGCUACAGUACUGACUGUGCUAGCUUUUCAAGUCAAAUGAUCAAAGUUUUAGAGUCGAUACAUAAAGAAAGCGGCCAAAAGGAAGAUGUGAUACACAACAUAUGGUCCCACUUUGGACACAUAUAUUUAUCUAACGUAAACCAUGAUGAAAUAGCCACUGAGUUUGAUGCACAGGAACUGCUGAGCCACGUGAAAUGGGAAAACACUUCAAACGCAACAAAAUGGCGAACAAAGUUUGUAGGAGGUAUUGUUGACGAACUCGAAUCCCACAACCUGAUUGGAUGGAUGACAAAUCAAACUGAAAAGGGUAUUCCAUUCAUUCGUUACGAAUUUGUGUACUUCACGCCGUCGUGUAGAGUGAUUCGGGUAAAGAUAUUUCUAGCAAUUGAUGCCACAACUAAUGCAGUGACCUAUAGAAAUAUCCCAAAAAGUGAACCACUUGCCAAUGUGAUCAAAAGCUCUGAUACCGAACCAUAUUUCUAUCUAUGUGGAUCUACUGUGAAAAGAGCUAUUGUGGACGUAUUCCAGCCUGCAGAGGAACUGGACUUUCGUUUUAUCAUCGAUUCAGGUUCAAAAUUUCAAGAACAGGUUGAAGACAAAGAAGUAGACGCUCUUUUUAACUUUAUCCGUGACAACAUGAAAGUUAAACCAAAUCAUGGUCUUGAAUUAUUUCAAGAAAACCCGCCAACUGAUUUUGAUCUUUGCUACAUCCGUGUUUCUGAAAGACGAACAUAUCCAUUCACAUCUAAAGAUGACGAGCAAUUUACCGUUAAACUGUCUUAUGAACACAUUGAAAAUAAACCCACCUCCACCUCUAAAACUACGGUGGACAUUCAUCUUCAACAUGAUGAAUGGGAUAGAAUGCUUGAAGAUGGAUCAUGGACUCCACAAAAGAUAGUUGACAAGAUUCCUCAAUUCAUGAGAUGUGCUAGCAUUUUAGCAAGGACCCUUAAAGUUCCAGAUACAACGCCUGGAGAGAUCCUGGCCCGUGGCCCAAAGGCACAAGAAGCUUACGACUUAGCACUUAAAAGUGGCGAAGCGAAAUACUGUCGUAUUCCAGUGGUACUAGUUGGUCAGUCCGGUGCAGGAAAGACAAGCCUUUUAAGAUCUUUAAGACGUGAAGACUUCAAUCCUGAGGAAGACAGUACCGAAGGCGUUAGAUUACAUCGCUCCCUCUCUAAAGCAGAAGCAGAUGUUUGGCAUGAGGACGAUACGUUCGAGAGCUCUCUCGUUGAUUAUACAGCAAGAGCGGUUGCUGAAAACCUUUCAGCAUCCUUUGAUGAUAACCCUAAACUUGAACUGAGAUCAACUGAGGAAGACGUCGAAGAAGAGCCUCUUAGACAAGCGGCAUUCGAAGAAGAAGAUGAAACAGUAGGAAGCCUUGUCGAAGAAAAUAACAAAAGUUUGGGUGUCGAGGAAAAAACGAUAGAGAAUGACAGUGAAAUUGCUGUUGGAGACGAAUCAGUAGAUAAAAAGACAAGCACAUCAAGCGAUCCAGUACUUUUCCAAGAAAGUAGAAAAGACAAUCCGAUUCCUGAAGAAGUCUCUGAGAGAGCAACCAACAUUCUCCAACACCCAGAAAAGUUGGAAAUUCAGGAUUGGGUUCAUUUAGUUACGCUAGACUUUGCUGGACAGCCAGUAUAUAACGCAACGCAUCCAGUUUUUCUUCCCAAAAAGGCAAUAUAUGUUUUAGUAAACAGUCUAAAGAACGAAAUGCAUGCUAAAGCAACACCAAUGGUAAAGCACGGAUCCUCAAAUCGCAAGGUCGAUGAUCAUUGCCCAAUGACAAAUAUGGACUAUCUGGAGUUUUGGUUGUCCUUUGUGGCGUCUCUUUGGACUACGGAUCGAGAAGUCACUGACGAUAACGUCCUAGAACUCUUACAAAAAGGAAAAAAAGCCUCUAAUAUGACAGAACAAAAGUCCACAACCAAAAAGCCAAAGCUCCCAAGAAGGUUGCCACCAGUGUUUCUCGUCUGUACUCAUGCAGACAUUCCAUGUAAAGGUAACGACGCCGUAGAAAUGACUCGAGAGAUAUUUUCUUAUUUAAAGCAAGACAACGACACUCCUGGAGGAAACCACAUUGUUCGUGGAAUUUACGCCAUAAACAACACAGUUUCAGGAAAAAGCGAGGAAAAAUCCAUCGAUGACUUAAGGGCAGCCAUCUAUGAAGUUGCAAGAAGCCUUCCAUACGUAAAUGAAGUUGUUCCUAUUAGUUGGCUGCAGUUCGAGAAACAGUUGUUAGAUCUUGCAACCAAUGAAAACAAGAAAUACAUAUCACUGGAUGAGGCAAAGGCAGUUGCGGUACAGUGCCAGAUCGCCAUUAAUACUGAAGAUCAGUUCAAUACAGUUUUGAACUACUUGCAUGACCUGAAAGUCAUUAUUCACUUUGAAGAUACAAACAUAGUUAUCAUUGACGUGCAGUGGCUUAUGGACAUGAUAGUUAAGAUCAUCACAGUUCUGCCUGCCGAAGACUGGGAAGACGAAUACGAAGAACAAUGGAGACGACUUGAGAACGAUGGGAUAUUGGAACAAGCUCUGAUCAACCACGUUUGGGAGAAUGAGACCACAGCCAGCUCUUUGCUCAUGAUAAUGGAGAAAUUUUCACUUCUUUGCCGCUGGAAAAGGUCCAAUGAUGCAGACAUUUUCCUCGUUCCCUCCAUGCUGAUGAACAGUGAUGCAAAAUCAGCUAAUGAGCUGCUAAGCGACCAGAAGACGUCAAGGACUUUAGUUGUACGCUUCAAAAGUGCGCACCUUCCUCUGGGAAUCUUUCCAAGACUGCUUGUGGUCAUCGCCAAGACUUGCAAUGAGAAAUGGCCCCAUUCGCCUCGACCGAAGUUCUUCCACAACUUCUGCAGGUUUUAUGAUGUUGGCGAUGUUGGAGACACUGGGAAGAGUUUCGACUUGGUGGUCACCUCAGACAUAAAAACGAUCAGCUUCAGCGUCAUUAACGAGCAAGGAAUUGUGGGGCUCCCUCUAAAACAGUUAUGUCGCUUCAUUGUUGAAUUCCUCAGCAAAGCACUGGCGACCAUGCGUUUAAACUUUCCCUGGAUGAAAAAUGCCGAACACGAAUUUUGUAUCCGCUGCCCAAAGUGUUAUCCAUCAACAGAAACGUGCAAAUGUCAUAAUGUCAGCGGAUGUACUCGUGACGCAUGCCUCCAUUUUAUCACCGAAGAUGAGUUACGCAAGAAACAACCUCGAUGCUAUAGAAACGCGACUAGUAAGAGCACUUUCUUCAAGGAGGAGAUCUACUGCGAUUGGUUUGAUAUUUCUAGGCAGGACGAUCGGGAAAAUGUUACGAAUUCGAAUACAGCAAACGUUGUAACAGAAACAAUCCAGCUUUUGGCUCUAGAUGGCCUGCCGUCCACAUCUAAAGGUUCCGAGAUCGUCCCCUAUCCUGUCCAAAGUCAUGAGGUUUCAUUGCCGGAAAGCACUCCUCUAACAAUUGCUCAAUUCAAGAAAUUACUUGAAGACCUAAAGCCAUAUAAAACAUCGAUGAAAAACGCCCCACCUGAGAUGGUAAAGAGCUGUAGAGACAUAUGCCAGAAAUUGAAAGGGGUGCAUCGAAAGAGCUCUAUCGAGGAGCUGAGAAAACAUGUACCAAGUGGAACAACAGGACCAUUAGAGGAGGAGAAUAAAUCUUAUGAGCAGUUGGAUGCCGAGAAGAAGCAGAAUCUAACUCGAGCAUGCGGCCGAGCCAUACUAAAAAAAUUGCUAUGGGAGUUCGGAAAAUCAAACACUUCGGAGUACUAUGAAGGACAGAUGAACCCAGUCGAGGUCUUAUUAGAAGAAGAGCGUAAGAAACAAACUCUAACCUUCGGACAAUUAUAUAAUGUUCUAGUCAAGUGCGAAGCCGCCGCAUUGGCGGAUGAAUAUCUUUAGCCCUGCUACUACACAAUCGAGCUCUAACUGGGCUACAGCUUGUUAUAUACCUUAUAGUACACUCAACAAAAUUACUCGACUCUGAUUGGUCGAGAGGAGUACC